CACAAUUAUCAAUGAAUACGACCAAACAAAAUCACUCGCAUUAAUAAAUAAAUAAUUUUGCGGAGAUAUGCCACGUCAAUGGAUGUUUAUAUGUGCUCAACUUGCCGUACUAGCUUCUGGUGACUCGACUAUGAAUUUGAACACGACAUCACCUGUUCAUUUACAGCCGACUAUUACAGUGACCGUGAAAUGUCUUGUUGAUGGCUACGAUACUAAAGGACGAUGGGCUAUUUGGUGGAAAGAUGAAAAUAGCACUGUUAUGAAGACUUGUAACAAAACAGAUGAAUGCCUGUUAACACUUAAUUAUGAGAGAGAUGGUGAAAAUGUAUACGCUUGCUUCGCUCGGAAAUCAAAAGAGUUUCUAAAAUAUUCAUUGACCGUUAUAAGCGCAAGAACAGAAGGAGCAACAACCAACCCUGCAAUAGUUGUAACCCAACAGUGGCAUUUGGUGCUUUACGCGGUAGCUGGAAUACUUCUAGUUAUACUGGCAACGACGUUUGCCGUGCUUCUCUUACGUAGAUGCAAACCUCAUGUGUAUGAGACGCCACUACGGACAAGAAGAGCUGCAGUUAGAGAGCAAAGUAUACGCGUGAAUGAUGAUGUUCAGUCUGAUGUGGAGACAACUGCCCUUCACAAUCUAGGAGGAGUAUCUGCAAGUGUAGUCGAGAACAACCAUGCACCAUUAAAUAUGGAAGAAAACGAAGUCUGUUUAUAUGAAAAUAUUCGCCACUAAGACUAAGAUGUGGACACCACGUCCGACCACAGAGACUAUCUGACAAACGCACCAAUGCAAAUAAUCUUCACGCUAUAUAAAGCUUUUUGAGUAUCCGAUCAAAACAUUUACUAUGUAGUCAGAUUUUUGUGUUUUGAAAAUCUCAUAAUCAUAGCUUCGCUUACAGUUUUAGUGUGUUAGUUGUUAGAACGUGUAUAUCUAUAUUGUUCUUAA